AAUAUAAAUCAUUUAUUGAAAUUGAAAUUGAUCUUUAUAAAUGUUAACAAGACUUCUCGAUUAGAAGAUUGAAGAACGAAUGAAAGUACAAGAAUGUUAUUUGAAUUGUAUGUAUGUAUGGUAUGUAUGUAUUUUAUUGGAUUCCCCUUGGGGAAUCAUUCUUUACAAAGUUAUUUGAAUUUGUUUGAUAAAAAUAAAUGAGUGAUAAUACCGAAGAGAGGUGGUGAUAAUGACAAAUUUAAGCGACGUUGAAAAUCUCUUCUUUAUGGACAUCGAAGAUCUCUUCUUUAUCGGCAUCGACGAUGGCCGUCACACUCUAUAUUACCACUCUAUCCUUCCGUUGAUAUUAUUGGCAUCAUUAAUAUCAUCAAAAUCAUCCGCAACUCUGAAAAAUAACAAUUAUUAUUAUUACAAUUAUAUAACAAACUUGUAUUCAAUUGAUGCACCUUGGUAAAUUAAUCAUUUUAAAAGAGCAAUUGAGUUAUUAUUUAAUUUACUCAAUUUCAUUUCUGAGUUACUUGUUUAAUGCCCGGUACUUUUUUCUCAAUCAUUUAUUUAAUUGACUUAAAUUCUUCUAUCGUUUUAGUUAUUCAAUGAAGCUAACUUCUUUUCUCAGUUAUUCAUAUACACGAUAUUGAAUAGCUGUUUAAUUUUUAAUAAAUUAAAAACAUGAUAUAUAUGAAAAUCAAUCCCUGCAUCUCUUAUAUCCCUGUAUUCCUUGCACAGUGACUAUAGAUAGACUUCUACUAUCUAUAGUCACUGAGCUAUCGUAGCAUCCGUGUGUCAUUUAGGUGUAUGCGAAGAGUGACGUAGAAUAGCAUGCCGUUAGUUGGAUGCAAUAACUGAGGUAGCGCUGAAAUUAGUUUCUGUUCGGCCUAAUUUUCGAUGAAACGUUGACUGUUUUACCGACGUGGAAUUCGAAGUUCGGCCUCUUUGGCAAAGGAAAAAGUUGUUUAGAAUGACCUCAGCAAUCAUUCUUCCACGGGUCCUACCCCAGUUCUGGGACACCGUGUAUACAUUGUCCCAGAAUGCACAUAUAACCCCUUAAAGAAACUUUUAUGAUCCAUAAAAAAUAACGUUGCAUUGAUUAUCUCCCAUAUGUUUGGGAUUACAUAUAAUUACCACUGUAAUUACUGUUGAAUGACAUAUUGUAUACAUGCAUAGAAACGUGUGCUUCACAAAUAUUGUUAUAACAUCAUAAAACAUGAUCAAUUAAAAUGAUAAACCUCUCGGUUAUUUCUAAUUGAUGAUUAAAUUGAUUUGUUAAAACAAUAAAAUAACUUUGAUUAAUAAUGCGAUGACGGUCUCAAAUCCACUUAUCAAAGAACUGAAAGGCUGGACACGAAAGCUGACAGAAGGAGGCAGAGAGAUUGAUGAUGAAAAUAUAGAUCUGCCUUUCUUUUGUAAAUGUUUAGAGAAAUGCUUUCAAAAAGGCAUAUUGCUUCGUUUCAAUCCUAUAGGUUUUCCAAAGUUACCUGAUGCUUGGUACUGGCUAGAAGAAAUUACAGAAAAAAAUUUUAGUUCCUGUUGUACCUACUCUUUGGUAGUUGAACAAGUAAAACAAUCACCAAAAGUUCAUACAGCUACUGGACGUCUUAGACUUUUAAUUAGAACAUGUUUGAUACGAAAGUGCCUUCAUGUGCCAGUCGAAAUGCUGGUCAGAACACCAUUAAUGGCUAUAAAUUACUAUGAUAAGAACAGUAUUCUGGGAGAUGAUAUUCUUGGUGAAAUAUUGUUAUCAGUAUUACUGCAAAGCAGUAAACUAAAUUUUAAAUUAAAUUUACGAAAUUCGAGUUUCCUCGAUGAGUCCUGGCAAUUACCAGAAUGUGUAACUUUGGAAUUAGUACCAUCUAGAAGUUUAGGUAUUUCAGUAUGUUUCAUUAAAGGGAAAGCAUUGGUAGUUAAUUUGGACAGAAACUGUGUAGCUGCAGAAGAUGAUAAAGUUGAAAUUGGAGAUAUAUUAGAUGAGAUAAAUGGAACUGCUAUAACAUCUAAUACUAAAGGACAGUUACGAAAAAUUAUGAAAAAAAGUGUAGGCCAACCAGUGUGCCUAUAUGUAAUUAAACACCGUAAUAAAGAAACAAAUGAAUUAUACAUUCCAAUUAUACAUCUCAUAAAAAAUUCAGGUAUCGAAGGUUUGAAAAAAAUUUUAAAAAAAUUCAGUUCAGAAAACAAUGAGGAGAAGCAAAAGAAAGAGACAAUAAAACCAGAAAACAAGGCAUUAAAUGCUGGAUUUUGUGUUAAAUAUUGUGGUUCUGCAUAUGUUGGUACAGAAGGCGAUGUUAAACAAAUUGAAAGAGCAAUUUUGCUAAUACUAAAAUCAGAGGAAAUAAAGUCGAUUCCUGCAAAAUUUGAAUGUCUAGAAAUUGGAAUUAGAGUGACGCAAGACACUGAUGAUAAAGUAAUAUGUAAACAAAGUUACAUGGAAAUUUCGUCUUGUGGCCGUACGAGAAACAUUCCUAAUUAUUUUGCAUUCAUUGCAGGAGAUACUAAUUGUAAUCUAGCAACCAGAUUUGAUGCAUAUGUAUUUUAUAGCCAAAAUGAGCAAGAAGUGCAAACUAUUUUGCAAAGUUUGGGUCAAGGAUUUCAACGUACUCAUUUUGCGGUAUAAUUGUUUGAAAUAAAAAUAACACUUUUAGAGAAAGGUACUUUUCAAUAAUGGAAACAAUAUUUCGUGAUAAAAAUGUUCCUAGAACAUUCUUACUUAUAAAGCUAGUCAGUUAUAGAAUGGAUACAUUCUUUAUUUUAUUCUAUAAAUAUUUAUCUUCUAAUAAAAAAGGAAAUUGUGAAGAAGGUAUAAUUUUAUUUGCUAAAGUAAAAUUAAUGUAUAUCGUAUACAUUUCUUCCUGUUAGUCAUAAUGCAUAUCUUUCCAUGCAUAUGUAAUUGUUAAUAUUGAUUACUCAUCGAUAUUCUGUCUUUCAUUAUAUUAGAAUAACUCAUUAAAUGUAAAUACAAAUGUAUUUAUCAGACAAUCAAAUGUGCGUGCAAUUACAAAACCUCUGAUAAUAAAUGACUUUGUAAUUCA